ACGACAUUCCUGGAGCUGUGGAAGCGGCGCCAGGCGGUCAUUGUUUGGGAGUGGGAUCUUCAGAACACGGAGGAAGACGAGGAACCGAGACCGGAGUUCGAAAUGUCGGUGAAAACGUUCAGAAUCAAUCCUGUGACUCGCGAGAAAGAACCGUAUUUACCUGCGUGGAGUAAAGCUUGGAGACUUCUUGCAACGACAUCAAUGGUCCUCUUUAUGGUUAUGGUAGUCAUGGGUGCAGUUCUGGGGACCAUCGUGUAUCGAAUAUCACUGGUUACUGUAAUUGGUAGUAGUCAAGAUCAAUUUCUGAUUGAAAAAGCGAAAAUAUUUACCUCAGUAACUGCAGCUAUCAUCAAUCUUGUGAUUAUCAUGAUCCUCACAAAUGGGCGCUUUUUCAAACACCCGGGAGACAAAGAAGCGCGCAAAACGGAGUUCCUGCGAAUCAAAACGGACGUGUGCGACCCUGCCGGCUGCUUGUCGGAGCUGUGCAUUCAGCUGGCCAUCAUCAUGGUGGGCAAGCAGUUCUUCAACAAUUUUCUGGAAAUCCUUUUCCCG